AUGGGAGGCACCCAGGAGCUCCGGCAGGACCCGCGGGGUGAGCGCGAGGGGCGGUCGGGGGGCUCUGGCCGCACAGCCGGGGUGUCAGCCGGCGCUGGAGCUUGGGGGGCCGAGGGCCUAGGGCUCUUCCUUCUCCCUGGUGUUAAGGUGAGUGGCUGCUGGCUUUCCACAGGCCAGGAAGGUGGAGGCGAGCCCCUGGCUGCUGGGCUGAAGGAGGAGGAACCAUGGCUGAGUUCAGCCCCCGACUCUCAGGAUGCCCCGAGUGAGGAACCGCCCCUCUCCUGCGCUGUCUCUGGGGAGAAGCAGCCGUCAGAGGUCCCUGGAGAACUAACGGGGGCUGAUGCUGGGAGAGUGUGCCAGCCCCCUGGCUCGGGGGCUGUCCACAAAGACAGAACUCUGGUCCCACCUAGAUCCCAGCCCCAAGGGGAGGGUUGCUCCCUCCUGGUGAGAGAGGUGAAGCCAGGGAAGAGGUCCUGCUCUCCAGCCCCCAGUAAGCAGAAAAAGCCUAAUGCCAUGGGUCUGGCCUCCACGUCAUCUCCUGGUGUCACUAACUCAGCCCAUGCCACACACAACCCAGUGCCUUGUGGGUCAGGCCGGGGGCCCUGCCAUCUGGCCAACCUCCUCAGCACAUUGGCCCAGAACAGCCACAACACAGACCAGAAGAAGAGGCCCCCGGAAGUGACCUGCCAAGUUCGGAAAAAGACUCGAACCCUAUACCGCUCAGACCAGUUGGAGGAGCUAGAAAGGAUCUUCCAAGAAGACCACUACCCAGACAGUGAUAAGCGCCGGGAGAUCGCCCAGACAGUGGGGGUCACUCCCCAGCGCAUCAUGGUAAUGGGGGCUGGCCAACUGGUUGCAGGGUGGAGGAGAAUCCACCACCUGGAACUCUCAAAGAGCAGAGCAUCUCUUCUUGUCUCUCCCCUGCAGGUGUGGUUCCAGAAUCGCCGGGCAAAGUGGCGAAAAGUGGAGAAACUGAAUGGGAAGGAGAAUAAUGACAAUCCUGCAGGCCCUGCCCCCACUCCUGCCCACAGUCAGUUCAGCUCUGCAGCUGAGCUGCCACCUACUGUGCCCAUGGACCCAGAGCCUGGUACCUUCCCUCAAGUGCCCCCUCUGGAUACUCUCCCAGAGCCCCCCUUUCUGCUGACGUCUGACCAAACUUUGGCCCCAAGCCAACUGAGUGAGGGUACUCAGAAGGUGGCAGUGACCCCACCACUCUUCAGCCCUCCACCAGUUCAAAGAGCCAACCUUCCUUUUCCCCUUGGCCCUGUCCACACCCCUCAACUGAUGCCUCUGCUGCUGGAUACUCCUGGCAGUGACAGCAGCCACAAGAAUGGCCCCUGUGGGUCCUGGGGGACAAGUGUCACGCCACCACCCACCUGCUCAUACUUGGAAGAGCUGGAACCCCAGGAUUACCAACCAAGCAACCAACCGGGACUGUUCCAGUUCCCCCAGGCGCCACAGCCCCAGUUUCCAUACCUGCAUCCCUUCCCCUUCCACAUGCCCAGUUCACUGACACCUCCACUGCUGGAAGACUCUCUCUUUACGUUGCCUUAUGGCUCCAAUGGGGGUACAACACAGGGCUACUUCCCAGGCCUGCCAUCAGGGCAGAUCCCGCUGCAGCCACCUGCUGGGAAUAUGAGUACAGUCCCGUGGAAUGACCCCUGCUUGCCAGAACUGCCCUUCCCGGGUCCUUUCUGUCCACCAGCUCUGGGGCACCCCCCGGGAGGCAAUGGCUUCUUCCCCGAUCUUUUUCCGGCUCCCUGUGCUCAGGCUACGAGCAGGCAGCCUUCUCCAGGUCUCACCCCGCUGCCUGAAGGGACGAGAUCAGGAACUGGGCCCUUACCCAGCAAGGCACAAGAGGAACAGGCUGCCGCCUCUGGGGAGCAGCCCUCAGCUCCCAAGGAGGUUCAAGAGGAAGACACGAACAGCCAUGCCCCCUAG